UACGCUGCUGAAGCGGCGGCAGGGGGACCGAGCCAACAACCAAAAGUCGGUGAUGAGCAGGGGAGGAAAAAUAAUCAUGCCUAAUCCGUGAAAGUGGCUCAUUUUGCAUCUCCGCGCCGUGCAUCGUUCACCCUGCGGGCGCAGAGGCCAUUUGAGGGUGAUACCUCAUUGGCUGGUGUGACCCCCGCAGGCCCGCCACCUCCCGGGGUGGGUCCUGAUUGACCUGCGCUGACGGCUCCCAGGGAGAAAAUGGCCUCCACUGCUGCCCUCAGCUAAAGAGCUAAGCCCUACCGUUUCCUCCCCCACCUCCUCAACAUCACUGUUCAUUGCUCUGUUGUGAACCGUGAUUCCCUCCAACCGAUUUGCUUUAGAGUACUAUGGCAAUGCAUGAUAUGAGUCGUGCCAAGGGUUUCCCCUGUAAAGAAUGUGAUAUGGUUUGCCCGAGUACUCCAAGUCUUCUAGAACAUAUGAAAGCACAUUAUCAGCAAGAAGAGACCGGUCGUUUUGAGUGUGAACAGUGUGGACGAAUUUAUAAACACGCAGCUAGUCUAGCCAAUCAUAAAAAAUCUCACGAAGUUGGAUCAUUCCAGUGUCCCGUUUGUACACGUACGCUGCCCAACGCAGUAGCUUUGAAAAAUCACUUACGGAUCCAUACUUUAUCCCCUAGUAGUGCACACACAGAGGAAGAAAGCGAGGAAGUGCCCGAAGAAGCCGGCCACGACGAGAGGGACUACGGUCUCACCCAGGACCUCUCGGACGGGUUUGGGCGCUCCCAUUUGAACAAUAGUGGUAUGGGACAUAGUGUCCUGCAAAGCCACGAGACAGACGAACACGGAAAAAAAGGCUCCCCUGAAUCCGACGACGCUUGGGACAGACCUUUCAAGUGUGAUCAGUGUGACAGAACUUACCGGCACCACGGUAGCCUGGUGAACCACAAGAAGUGUCACCAACAAGGAACGUUUAAGUGCUCUGUGUGUUUCAAACAAUUUGGCAACCUGGCUGCCUUAAACAGCCACGAGAGAACUCACUCGAAGUUCAAGACCCCUGGGGCCUCAAUGGUGAGCAGCAGCAGUAGCAGCAGCAGCCUCCACGACUCGGAGCGCAGCACUGGCACUCAGUCAUCUCAAAGUGAAGACACCACCGCCUGUUUCUGCCACCUCUGCCAGGUAGCGCUGCCAAAUAAGGCAGAUUUCCAAGAACACAUCCUGCUGCACAACACUGCUUCACCCACCCUCAGCCUGCCACGGAGUUUUCCAGGCAUCAUGCCUCAUAAUCUGAGUGCUGUUCGAUCCCCGGCAUACACGCCGGCGCUGGGGGACCCUCUGCCUCUGCCUCUGCCACCAGUGCCAACUGAGAAGAGGGGCCCCUAUGACCCCAUUAUGGGCCCUCCAGUCAACAACCCCAUCUAUACAUGUGCAUACUGUGGCGCAGGACACCCAGAUCUGGAGACACUGAAAGUCCAUUAUCUAACUCAUGAUCCCCACCCUCCCUCCCAUAGUCAGGACAGCUCCAUCCUCAACUCGGAGACUCUAAGUUCUGGAUCCCAGAGCUCGGUGGCCUCCCCGUCAGGAGGUCGUGUGCCCCAGGCUAAUUCUCCAGAUGAUGAAGAGCGGCGCUUUAAGUGUGGGGAGUGUGGCAAAAGUUACCGGCAUGCAGGGAGCCUGGUCAACCACAAACGCUGCCACCAAACGGGCCACUACCAGUGCACCAUCUGCUGUAAGCAGUACCCUCACCUGGCAGCACUACAUAGCCACCUACGAAGCCACAAGGGUCGUCCUUCCAAUCAGCCUAUUAACAAUGACAGCAACGACUGGCUAUCCCCAGAGCCCCUGACUCUGGACUCGCAGCAGAGCUACGUCCAGGAAGGUAGUGGUGCCACCACUCCAAUCUCCCUGCCAGGAAAUCUCGGCGAAGCUGCCCACUUUGUACCAGACGGAGGCCACAGCAGUGGGCUAGACUCUCUUGAGUUCCAUGAUCGCUUUGAUGGCAGCUCACUCUCUCAGAGCAGCUCUGCUCACCGGCAAGCCGACAGACACGUAUGUGCCGACUGCGGUGAGAUGUAUGGCGAUGUGUCUGGCAUCAAGUCGCACAUGUGUCCCCGCCGUGGCCAGCAGCAGCAGCAGGCCAAUAUGUCCAAUGGUUUUAUGGGGAAUAUGAACUACCAUAGCUCCAGUGGAACCUCGCUGCCUGCUGGAAGCUCCAGCAGCCUGAAAGAAGGCGGCAGUCAACGACAGUAUCCUCAAAGUGGGGGCAAGAGAAUGGGAAGCAAUGACAAAGAUGACGAUGAUGAUGGAGAGGUGUAUCAGUGCUCAGUUUGUGGCAACCACUAUGCUAGUUUGAGAGCUCUCAGAAGUCACCUGCGUAGUCAUGCCAACAACCCCACAGGGCCAGGACCCUCCAACCUGCAGCAGGACUGGAGGAUGAUCUGCUGUACCUGUGGCCAGACUUUUGCCAGAAAGCAGGAUCUCCUGAAUCAUCAGUUAAUCCAUGGGCCCCAAAGGCCAGAUGGUCAGCAACAGGGUAUUGCAGGGAGUUCAGCCAAUGGCAACGAAAAGAUGGAUGGCCGGAGCCACAUUUGUGUUGACUGUGGCAUGUUUUUCGCCGAUCGCCACCACCUGAUCACCCACCUGUGCCCUGGGAAGAAUCGAGGUAACUCGAUGAACAAACCCGGCCUAAAUGGAGCCAAAGGGAUGUCUGGAGGAGACGGCGUUGGCGGUGGUGUCGCUGGAAGAAGUUGUGACGUUGGCGCAGAUGGACGUAGGCCAAUGGUUGAUCAGAGUGACAAGCCCCACAAGUGUGACCAAUGUGGGCGAGGAUACAGACACCCAUGCUCUCUCCUUAACCACAAGAAGUCCCACAAGACCGGUGUUUUCCGUUGCCUUGUGUGCCAAAAACGUUACUACAACCUGCUGGCUCUCAAGAAUCACCAAAGGACCCACUUUGACUUAAAGAGGCACAAGUGUGAAGAAUGUGGCAAAGCCUUCAAGAUCCAAAAGCAAUUGAUCAACCAUCUCCGUCUCCAUGAAGAACACCGAGCCAAAGGUCUUGUUCGGACCGGCCCAAACGGUUCCCGCUUCCAGCAGCCUGACCCAUCUCAAAUGCAGACUAUGAGAGGGGAGCCAUCGAAGGGCCAGGUGAUGGGGGUCAAAUACAGCCACCAAGGGUUCAAAAAGCCCUACUCGUCAGCCGGUACUUCCAGGCCCCAGAAGUUUGAUCCUGCCGAAAGUGCACGGCGGCCGUUUGCCUGUGAAGAAUGUGGAAAGACUUACCGCCAUGCGGGCAGCCUGGCCAAUCACAAGAACCUUCACAAAAUUGGAGAGUACCACUGCAAUGUUUGCAACUCUACAUAUCCGAACAGACUGGCAAUGAAAAACCACCUUCGUCUCCAUUUUGCCCAAAAGAAGCACAACUGCCAAGAGUGUGGCAAGGGCUUCCGCACCCAAAGGCAGCUCGCUACCCACACUACAGCCGGCCUGUGCAAAGGCCCACAAGGCCCUGGCGCUCAGAUGGAUUUCGAGUGCGACGGCUGCUGCGAAGGCUUUGCCACAGCUGACGAGCUCGCGGCUCAUGACUGUCCAGCCCAGCACCUGCCUUCAUCGUCCUCCACCAACACCUCGACAACCAUUAGUACCGAGAAGAACUCGGUAGACAUGGACUCUGACGAGAGGCCCUAUGCCUGCGACCUAUGCAGCUGCGCCUACAAACACGCCAGCUCCCUGUUGAACCACAAGCACACCCACAAGACCGGAAACUUCAGGUGUAACUUCUGCGACAAGCCCUAUACCAACUACAUGGCUCUACGCAACCACAUGCGCAUCCACACGCAGCGGAAGAAGCACAUCUGCCACACAUGUGGGAAAGCCUUCCGACUGGCCCGGUUCCUCCGCAACCACCAGAAAGUCCACGAGGAAGGCGCCACCCCGUUUGGCUGCCCCACCUGUGGGAAGAGUUUCCAGGGGAGGUCCGGUCUGGCCAGGCACCGCUGCGGGGACAACCAGGUAGGCAUGGAAGUCAGGAGGAAGGCCACUGCACCCACGGGAGAGGGCGAAGAGUGUCGGUACACAUGUGAUCAGUGCGGCCGUUCCUACCGCCAUGCCAGCUCCCUCCUCAACCACAAGAACACCCAUACUGUCGGCAUCUACCACUGCGCCGUGUGCCUCAAGACCUACUCCAACCUGCUUGCCCUGAAGAACCAUCGCCGUAUCCACUCUGAGACGCGGCGCCACCGAUGCCACGACUGCGGAAAGGCCUUUCGAGUUUCCUCCCAGCUCUACAACCACCGGCGCGUCCACCAGAAGCAGCGGGAGCUGACCUGCCGGUCCUGCCAGCGAGCCUUUCCCACGCAGGCUAGCUUCAGGCUCCACAUGGAGAUCACUCAUGGCCAGACACCGCAGCCCCGCCAGCCCAGAACCCAGCAGCCCCGCCCAGGGGGCUCCCAGGACCUGGGCUGGGGGUCAGGCCUGGACCUCACCCUGAUGCAAGAGCAAGGACUCAAUCCCAGCAACGUGGCCAAAGUCCGCGGCCAAGGGAGCAACAGCGAGGUCGUCAAGUCCCAUGUCUGUGACCAGUGCGGUCGCUCGUACCGCCACGCCAGCUCCCUGCUCAACCACAAGAACAGCCACAAGACCGGGACCUACUUCUGCAGCUCGUGCCAGAAGGAGUUCCCCAACCUGAUGUCCCUGAAGAACCACCGGCGCAUCCACACUGAGCCCAAACGCUACCAGUGUCCUGACUGCGGGAAGUCCUUCAGGGUGUCCACUCAGCUCAUCUGUCACCGCCGCAUCCACACCAAGGAGAAGCCGUUCUCCUGCCAGCAGUGCGACAAGCGCUUCUCCUCCAAGUCCAACCUGAGGCACCACAUGAAGGUGCACUGGAGCGGCUCAUCGGCGCCUCCACCCAUGUCUGUGGGAGCGCCCAACUUCCUGGAUCUGAGACCGGUGGUUUCGAGCAGCAGCUCCAGGAGCUUCGUCUGCGGCCAGUGCGGUCGCUCAUACCGCCACGCCAGCUCCCUGCUCAACCACAAGAACAGCCACAAGACCGGGACCUACUUCUGCAGCUCGUGCCAGAAGGAGUUCCCCAACCUGAUGUCCCUGAAGAACCACCGGCGCAUCCACACUGAGCCCAAACGCUACCAGUGCCCUGACUGCGGGAAGUCCUUCAGGGUUUCCACGGCACUCAUCUGCCACCGCCGCAUCCACACCAAGGAGAAGCCGUUCUCCUGCCAGCAGUGUGACAAGCGCUUCUCCUCCAAGUCCAACCUGAGGCACCACAUGAAGGUGCACUGGAAGAGCCCGCUGCUGUCCAGAAGCCGGUCUUCGGCCUUCCUUGCCGUCUCCUCCAGACCUUUCUGACCAUCCGGCCUCGCGGUUCUCCUCCGAGCUCGUCCAGUCUGACAGACCCGGACCGCAUCGUCUCCUCCAACAUGUUACGACCCUGCUCAAAAGCCGCAACAUAAAAAAGGCGACAAAUACCACACCGGACUAGGUGUGGCCAAUUAGCACCAUCUGAACACAUUGAGGAGAUUAGGGGCGUAACAAACAAUAUGACCGUAUAAUUCAACCUCAAUUUAAUCCUUCCGGCUGAAAUCUGACCUAAGAUCCACAUUCAGGAAAGUUUCCCCAAAUCCAAAGUGCUUCAUUUGUGAUGUCACAGUUCAGAGGGCGAAUCAGCAGAGAUCCUCACGUACCUGUUAGCUGCCUCGGCUGUUAUCCUUACAUUAAACUAAUGGAGAGCUUGGUGCUCAUUGAUUGGCUGGACUAACCGUGUCAGACUUUCGGUUUACAUCUGGUUUUGAUUUUUUCAGUUCCUGUCUGGUGAGAUUAGGGCACCAAAACUGCCUGAUGAGGCUGAGGUUCAGCUUAGAUUAGCUAGACACAGAUGUCCUGUGGUGGAUGGAUGACGUGGCACGGCCAAGCCGUAAAUAUGGUGGUGACGAUGACUCAUAAUGAUCUUUUAACAACCUGAUGACAUUUGAAGUGGCUGAGUUUAAGCAGCGGCCUGUAGUUUGUGUAGUUAUCAGCCAAUCUGAUGAUCUUUAUAUUAGCCAGUGUAUAAAUGAUGGAUGUCGUCCGUUGGUUUCUGAAUAUUUGAAACCUCGGUGUUGGCGCCGUGUUGGGUUUGAAGUGGCCAUAUUUGAAUAACAGCUGGGUUGUUAUCACAGACUGUUUGGGGAGCGUCGCACUGACUGAGUUACCUGCUAACCAGUGCUCAGUAACAUCCAAUGAACAAUCUCAGAUUUCACUGUGCACCUAAACUCUUGCCCCGCCUCCUCAGACCGUCUCUUAGCAGCAGACGUAUUAUUGGUCUGAAGCCUCACAGACAGCUAGCAGCCACAGUGUCACCAUCCAUCUGUCAGUCAAAGAGGCCACGCCCCCAUACAUAGCAGGCCACAUAAAACUGGAGCCAUGCAGCUGUUUUAUUGUCUCUAGUGGAUGUUAGAGAAACUGCAGGUCGCCUGCUUUGCCCAGGAAGUGUAAAACUAAAUGUUUAGCAUUUCCAGUGUUUCUUUGAUAGAAUAUUUCAUCAUGUUCACCAACUGCAGCAGAUUUAUGCAAGUCAGAGGAAACUGAAACCCUCACAGCUGGUGUUCAGCUUUGCUGUGUGACGAUGACCUCUCCGGACUUUUGCUCCUGGUGGGAACUCGAGUUCCUCCCCAGCGAUACUAACGGUGCUCAGGUCUUUGACCCCGCCUCAGACGGACCUCUCUGAUGGAUGGCAUGUUCUGGCUCCUCGGCAGCAGACACCAGGUGGAUUGUGGGUCUUUUUAAAAAAUGUUCUCAGUGUUUCUGAUUAUUGCUGAGGAUGAAAACUCAUCAUCUUCCUCAGCUGUGGCUGUACCCCCGAGGGGAGACUGAAAUCUGACGUGUGGUUUGUGAACUUUCUUUAGGCCUCUGUUCACCUUCCUCCUCACCUGGUCCCCAAAAUAAAAUCCAGUUAAAUAUGGAGGCCCAGUGCUGUCACUUCAAAGGAGAAAAUCGAUCUUGUAAUAAUAAUAAUUUGUUUCUUAUAAUGAUGUGAAGUUUUCUAUUUUUUUCUUUGUAAUUAUAACAUCAAGUAACUGUUAAGGUUUAGAUGUUUGUAGAUGAGCUCUGGUGUGUAAAUUAAAGCUCUGAUAGGUACUUAGGUGAUUACUAUUAGAGAAAUAAAUGACGUCAUACUGUGCGAUAAUCUGGAGAGUAAUUUGUGAGAUUAUAUCGGUUCAUUUAUCUCCUCAUUGUCUGGAUUUUGAGGUUUUUUCUGUGAUAAAUCUGAGAGAAACUGAUGAAAUGCAGAAAUGUUUCCCUGCACGCCGUCCAUCAGAGGCUGGACGCUACUGUGGGUUUCCUCUGUGGACGAAGCUGGUGUCAGGAGCCACGCAGUUUUGUCUCUGAGGAAAAUCAGUGACAAAACAGACAAGCAGAGACAUCAGUUCACCCUCGACUUCAUCACUCAGACUAACUGGAGUUUGGACCACAAGCCUGUGACUGUGAGACUAAGAUGGAGAACACUGACGGUACUGAUGUGAUGCGUUUGUAGCUGAUUCUUUAGGGACUUCCUGCUCAUCUCUGUGUUUAUUUCCUCCCGUUAGCGCUGUAUUAUUCACGGUUUUUACAGUUUUACAUUCACAGUUGACCCUCUGCGUCUUUACAGCUGUCUGGUAACUCGUUCAUGUCUAAUUAAAGCAUAGUGGACCCAAAACUGAACCUUGUGGAACUCCCGUUUUCUAAUGUUCGAGAGACGUGAAAUAACAUGCUGCUGUAACCUCAGAGAGCCGUGAGAAUGCACGAGAUCAGGUUGGUUCAACCCAAGUAUUAGUGUGAUUAAUUACUUGUUUAGAUUUAGACUUUUCUGUUUGUUGCCACUUCCUCCACUCGUUUGGUAAAGCGGAUUGGUCAGUGUCUGGAAGCCUGCCGAGGGGCUGUACCCCUGUCAUAUGUAUAUGUUUUGGGCAUGCCCUGUUGUCCCAGAUGUCAGGGGUGGAUCUAGAGACAUUUCUUAGGGUGGCAAAAUCAAAGCCGAUAUUUUACACACUU